AUGGCAGCUGCCAUGCAGGUAGCAGAGAACAGCGCCGUGUCUGGCUCCUCCAGCGUCGCCGCUAUGAAGAAAGUGGUUCAGCAGCUCCGUCUGGAAGCCGGGCUCAACCGCGUCAAAGUUUCUCAGGCAGCUGCAAAUUUGAAACAAUUCUGUCUGCAGAAUGCUCAACAUGACCCCCUACUGACUGGAGUAUCUUCAAGUACAAAUCCCUUCAGACCCCAGAAAGUCUGUUCCUUUUUUUGUAGUAAAACAAAUCUUUGGAAGGUUUUCUAAACUACUUUUCAUGAACCAGUGAAUAUUCAAAGGAGAGCUAAUUCGAAGCCUAUACAAAGCGCUUAUCCCUAUAACAUGUGCCAUACUAUACAAGCUUCUACUUUCAUCAGUCCUUAACAUCUACCUCUCUGAAUUUUCAUGAAUUUCUAUUUCACAAGGGUAAUUAUUUUAUACACACGGGC